UAGGCGUGCCCAUCUCCCUCAUCCCCCCUUUUUUUCUUCAUUUGCUUUAAAGCUCCCCUUAGGACUGUGUGAGAACAAUUUUACAGCUUGUCUCCUCUGGGAGAGGAAAAAAAAACCUAGAGUGGAGUGGAGAAUAUUUGCUGACUGGAGCCGGACAGGUAUUUCCCUGCUUUAGAUUCUGCCACUGAAGAAGUCUCCUCUCCUAGUUUUGAACGAGAACAUAUUCAAGGUCUCCUUUUAAGACAAGCCAUCCACUAGAGAGCCUGAGGCUCCAUGGCAAACCCAACACCCCCUACAGGCUGUGGCAACAUAAGCAGUGAUUAUUACUUCCUCUGUAACACUGAUGUCGAUUGGGGCAUUGUCGUUGAGUCGCUGGCUGCAGUUGGUAUUGUCACCACAGUCAUCCUCUUGUUAGUGCUUCUUUUUAGUAUCUGUAGGGUCCAAGAUGGCACGAAACGAAGCCUGAUCCCCACCCAGUUCCUCUUCCUUCUGGGCACUCUUGGCAUCUUUGGUCUCAUCUUUGCCUUCAUCAUCAGGCUCAAUGAAACAACGGCCCCCACCCGCUUCUUCCUUUUUGGGGUCCUUUUUGCCCUCUGCUUUGCCUGCCUCCUUGCCCAUGCCUUUGACCUCAUCAAGCUGGUACGAGGAAGAAACCCAUUUUCAGGCUGGGUUUUGCUGGUGAUCACUAUCAGCUUGACCACCGUGCAACUUAUUAUAGCCAUACAGUAUGUGGCUAUCAACAUUGUAGCACUAAAGAAUCUAGACAAAGGCAAGCAGCUGGAUGAAAAAAGACGUGAAGACUUUGUUCUGCUUCUCAUUUACGUUCUUUUCCUGAUGGCCCUCCUCUUAAUUGUUUCCUUGUUUGUUUUCUGUGGGCCAUACAAAAGAUGGAAGAGGCAUGGUGUGCACAUAUUCCUGACUGCCUUGGUCUCCACAGGCAUUUGGGUGGUUUGGAUCACCAUGCUGAUGAAAGGCAACUUAGAUUUGGAAAAGAGACCAGUUUGGGACGAUCCUGUCAUCAGUAUUGCUCUGCUUGCGAAUGGAUGGGUUUUCCUGAUUUUCUAUGCAAUUCCAGAACUCUGUUUCCUCACGGAUCCAGAGAAGCCUGGGGACUACCCACCAGAAAAUAAUUUCUGCCAGCCUAAGCACAUUAAAAAAAACUAUGGCGUGGAAAACCGAGCAUAUGCUCAAGAAGAUAACACACAAGGUAGGACAAGACAAGAUGGAAACAAAGAUCACCCGUAUGUUCCUUAUUCCACUCAUUUCCAACUGGAGAACCUGGAGCCCCAACAAGAUUUCUCCAUUCCAAGGCCUAAAGCACGGCCCAGUCCUUAUCAAGACUACUCCGGAGGGAAAGGUCUCAAUUAACAACUUUACAAGGAACACAAGAAGAGCAAUAUGGAGUUGACUGAGGUGCUAGAAACCAUAACAGAUAUGGCAUUACUUACAAACAAAACAGGGAUCUAGUUCAGCACUACAGUGUAUGAAGGACAAGACUUUCAUAUUUCGCCAGCUUACCUUUUUAUUUGUCUCUACUCACACAGCACUUUAUGAUUCUUUGGUCAAUAACUUCUGUACACCUUCUCAGAUGUUCAAGAUAUAACAUUUGCCCCAUUCCUUAUCAUAACAUCAUUGCUAGUUACCACCCAUGGCUACAAUUGUGGGGACAAGUCUGAAGUGAGGCUAUUGCUGUACAUAUUUUCUGUCUGAUUAAUAAUCACAAUUGUAUAAUAUUCUAAAUCGUUUGUAGAGAUGGCACACAUAAAGCAGGCUACCAGACUUCCCCCCACCGAUCAUGUGGGCAAUGAGAGAGAUGGUGCCAUUUUUCAAGGAUAGACUGAAAAAUGUGAAACCAGAGAGUGGCUUCCCCCCUAAUGUGGCUGCAGUUGGUGGUUGUCCAAAGAAUGCUUGUACCAUUUCGUAGUUUUAUUGAAUUUAUUUACCUGAACAAUUUGGCCAAGCUUAUUUUCUUCAUAAUGCGUCACAAGCAGGAAAAAGACAUUCAACCCGUUCAUGGUGGUUUACUCCCCAA